AGAAGCCGUGUAGGGUUUGGUCCGGGUGAACUGGGCAGGGGGACAUUGCCCCCAAAAGACAUCCCGGCUCUGCCAACCUCUUGGCGGGCUGGGCAAAGAAGCUUGGGGUGCCUCCGCCCCUCGCGGCUGCUUAGCGUCAUGCGUGACGUCCCCCGUGAAGGCUGGGAGGGCCAACGCCAGCAGAGAGGAAGGCAGAGAGGAAGGCCGAUCUGAGAGCUGCGGAGUCUGAACCCCGGAAAACGAAAUGGGUGACUUGCCCUUAAAUAUCAACAUCCAGGAACCUCGUUGGGACCAAAGCACUUUCCUGGGCAGAGCUAAGCAUUUCUUCACUGUUACAGAUCCUAGAAAUCUGCUGCUGUCUGGAGAACAGCUGGAAGCUUCCCGGAACAUUGUGCAGAAUUAUAGGGCUGGUGUGAUAACUCCGGGGCUCACCGAGGACCAGCUGUGGAAGGCCAAGUAUGUGUAUGACUCUGCAUUCCAUCCGGACACGGGAGAGAAGGUGGUCCUCAUUGGCCGAAUGUCAGCCCAGGUGCCCAUGAACAUGACCAUCACAGGCUGCAUGCUCACCUUCUACAGGCAAACCCCAACUGUGGUGUUCUGGCAGUGGAUCAAUCAGUCCUUCAAUGCUGUUGUGAACUACUCCAACCGCAGUGGCGACGCACCCAUCACUGUGCAGCAGCUGGGAACAGCUUAUGUGAGUGCUACCACUGGGGCUGUGGCCACAGCUCUGGGACUCAAAUCCCUCACCAAGCACCUACCCCCCUUGGUUGGCAGAUUUGUGCCCUUUGCAGCUGUAGCUGCUGCCAAUUGCAUCAACAUUCCCCUGAUGAGGCAGAGGGAGCUGCAGGUGGGCAUCCCAGUGACCGAUGAGGCAGGUCAGAGGCUUGGCCACUCAGUGACUGCAGCCAAGCAAGGAAUCUUCCAGGUGGUGGUAUCAAGAAUCUGCAUGGCAAUUCCUGCCAUGGCCAUUCCCCCAGUGAUCAUGGACUCUUUGGAGAAGAGAGAUUUUCUGAAGCGCCGUCCCUGGCUGGGGGCACCUCUGCAGGUGGGACUGGUAGGCUUCUGCCUGGUGUUUGCCACCCCGCUGUGCUGUGCCCUGUUCCCCCAGAGGAGCUCCAUACAUGUGACCAAGCUGGAGCCAGAGCUGAGAGCUCAGAUUCACAAGCAAAACCCCAGCAUCGAGGUGGUUUACUACAACAAAGGGCUUUGAAGAGGGUCAGCCUUUGUCCCCUCCUUCCCUCCUUGGCCUGAUGUUUUGGUGCCACCUUGCCAUCUCUGCCACUUGUCCAUCUGCCUAGUUUUGGGCAGGGGGCUUAGUAGGGAAGCAGCCAUUAAGACCAGCAAUCUGCUAGGCUAGGGAAGGUGCCCUGUAAGCCUUUUUCUCUCCUCUCUGGUUUCAAAGAGAAGAAUAACAUAACCUUUCCCUUUGUGCUUGUCUCUACAUGUAUACAUACAUGACACAAGCAUCUUUCUAAAUUUGAUCCUAGACACUAAGAGUAGACAUGUAUCAGAACAUCCACAGAAUGUCAGGACAGAGUCUGAGGGACAUAAGCAGGCCAAACUGGGACAAAUCCUUCAGGUUUCUGAUACCUGGCUCUCAAAGCUGCCUCAGGAACUGGCCUGACAGAGAAAGCAGUGUUGGGAUGAGGCAGGCAAAAGGCUUGUGAAUCCUUCUGACCAUUCCCCAUAUCCUGGAAAGCUCCAUUCCCUCUCCUCUAUCAGAACAAAGGAGUCAGUAUCUUGUUCUUGCUGCCUCCCCAUGUCUUCCACACUUAGUGUAGGUGCCUUUAUGUACAACGUUAGAUCUUAGUCUGCUGGGAUGACAUGGCCUCAAACAGAAAUCCUACACUCCCAUAUUCCUCUCCCCCCCUGAAAGCUGCCACUACUCACAUCAUUCAUAGAGGGAGACUCAUAGAGUACAAGUACUCCAGCUCCACAGGCCUCAUAUGUACAAUCUAAAGACAAGAAAUUCUGUGUUCCAUUGACUUUUCUUACAAUCGCUAACAACCCCUCUUAGCUUCUUUCGUUUCUUUUCUUCUUGUCUUUUGGAAGUGUGUGGCAUUAGACUCAGGCCUCACAUGUGCUAGGCAACUGCUCUACCGCUGACCUACAUACUCUCAGCCUUUCCCUCUUUUGCUUAAGGCCUGGCCUUGCCUUUUUCAUCAAGGCCCUGUUGGCUAGACCAAAUGGAAGAUAGGUUUGGGGAUGGCAUAAGGUGUGGUGUUUCUAGUCCAGAGUGUAAUUAGAUCUCAACUCUGGCCUCUAUGACUUCUGGCUAAAGAGGUAGAUGAGGACAGAUGAAAAGACUCCAGUGGUAUCCUGAAACCACUCUCCUGCUCCUCCUAACCCAUUUCCUCCCAGUGAUAACAGCUGUGAUACCAUGGUGAGUCAAUAAAUUGUAAGCCUGUCUA